GAAGAGAUCCUUAGACAACUUACAUACAAAAUAAUUCUCUCCUUAUCAAAAUGACCGGCGAUACGUUGAUCAUCGAUGCAGAAGGGGACCUAAUUCUCUUAUUCAAUCCAGAAGAGUGUUCACCGUCUCAGACAGAUGAUGUCUGGACUGAUGCCGAUUCAUCAGAAGAUGAUUUCAAGAUUAUAGAUGAGCCAUCAAAUGCGGUGUGCAAUAUUCUGAUCAAGACAACGGAUAUCUCGCCAACCAAUAUAUCUGUUGAAAAACCAUCCGAGCUAAAUGAUACUUCUUGGGUCGAAUUAAAGCAAGUUCGUAUGUUAGUAUCAUCUAAACAUAUGUCAAUUGCUUCACCGGUAUACAAAGAUAUGCUCAAGGCAGGCUCCCCAGAAGGUAUCGAGCUGAAGAAAACUGGCAAGCUCGAAUUGUCCCUUCAUGAUGACGAUUCAAAGGCAUGGAACAUUUUACUCAACAUCAUACAUGGACGUUUUCGAUCUGUUCCUUUGGACAUUAGUUUAUCUAUGUUCACGCAAAUUGCACUCUUAUGCCACAAGUAUCAAAUGCAUGAGGUUGCUUAUGUAUUCACGCCAGCCUGGAAGAUGUCAGCUGGUCACGAAUCCGUGUCGGGAGAAGACAUACCUCGCUGGAUCUUCAUAGCCUGGGUUUUCAAUAUGGCAGAUGUGCUUGAAGAGAUCACGAAAGGCAUUGCUCUCAAUUAUACUGGAAAUGGAAUCAAAAAAUUGCUUAGCAUCACUAGUCUACCGAUUCCACAACUUAUUACAGAUCAACUUGAAAGUUCUCGCGAGCACGCAAUUGGUGAAUUGGUUGAAAUGCUUGAUUACACUAUAAAGCGAUAUCAGGAUAACAGCUCGAAAUGUUCGAUUGGAACCAGAUACGGUGAAGGUAGAGAGCCUCACCGUAAGCACUGUGAUGCAAUGAUACUCGGCAUGUUGGUAAAAGGUGCGAUUGAGCAAGAGAUCUACCCACUUCCUACAAGACCAUACAAAGAGUGGUCGUUCUCUAUGUUGGAAAAAAAGAUGAAGUGUAUCAAGCCGACUUCUUUGUGUGCUGCCAUGUCAUUGAUUCCAGAUGACCAUCACGAUCAGGAUCAUGGGAUCUCUAAUAUUAUAACGUCAUGGAUCAAAAAUACCGAACAACAAAUCACCGGGCUUCAAUUAGCAUGUUUGAAGGAAAAUGCAUCACCGGAAAUUCAAUGGCCAACUCGAUAAGAGUAAAAAGGUUCCAUCUUUCAUGAUCGAAAUGAUAGAAAUGAUCA